AUGGAUCCGGAUUCUGAAGUGAAGAAACGGGAAAGAUUGACGAAGUGUAUUCUGAAGCUUAAGGGUAAUAAGCUGAUUGGAGUUAGGAUUGAAUCAAGUGGCUCGAGAAAGCCAAGGAUGCUUCGGAAAAGUCUAAGGAAGAAUCCAGUCGCCUUAGACCACUUAAGUGUCAGGGGAAACAACAUUCGCUACUAUAUUCUUCCAGACAGCUUGAAUCUCGAGACUUUGCUGGUCGAAGACACACCACGAAUCAAACCGAAAAAACCAACUGCAGGUAAAGUUCCACCAGGUGGUCGUGGACGUGGCGGGCGUGGUAGAGGUCGUGGACGUGGCGGCCGUGGUGGUCGUUAA